CUCGCAGAUGCCAAUUAGGCGUGACAAAUGGAGGGGCGCAAGCGGAACCACAAGUCGCGCACGCAAGGAAGAAAUGCAAAACGCAGAUCGGUCGGAUUCAUUCAACUCAACUGUACAAACACGACACGGGCCCCUUGCUUUGCAAUGGCCCUCCACUCACUCACUCCGACUGGCUGCCCCAUGGAUGGGAUGAAGCCAACCACACUGCCCUGCCAGCUAUCGACCUACACAGCCCCCCUACCCCUAAUCAUCUCCCACCAAACCACCACCCGUCUCAUCGACCGACGUCGUCUGCCCCUCCACUUUGUCGCUGUCGUCCAGGUGUGACGUGAUCCUGGCAAUCUCCAGCAGAUGCUGGUCGCUGAGGGCGAAGAGCGGCGCCGCCAGGCACUCAGGCAGCUCGUCCCUCCCCGCCACCCUCACAUCCCCACUCAGGACGGCCCUGAUGGACCCCGCACGGACGGCAGUUCCCUGGGUCUCAUCGUCUUCGGGGUCGCUGUCGUCAUCGCCCUCACUCUCGUCAUGGUCGAGAGGCGUGGGGGAUGUGGGCACGGCUGAGGAAGCCGCUGGGGGGUGGGAGGGGGAGGAGGGGACGGAUGGCUCAGUAGGGAAGACCACUUGCAGGCUCAGCCGAUGCCGCUGAAUGUGACCAACUGAACGGACGGAUGGCAAAAACACACGUGCGUUUGCGACCCGACCACGUAGGGUAGGGCCACCAAGUGUUUCAGUGAGUGCAAUCACUCACUGGCAUCGAGCAGCUCCCGCAGCGCUUCCGUCUGCCCCCGCACCGCCAGCCUCAGAUGGUCGUCCGGCAAGCUGUGGCUACCCUCCUCGAUGCUCUCCAGUGACGGCAAAGUCUCCGUGCUGGUCGUCAUCUCCAGGUCGUUCAGCUGCCCGUCACGCCACAGCUCCAGCCGCCCCUCCCUUGACGAAUCCUUGUACAGGUCCACCUCGUUGAUCUUCAACAGCGAUACCACCGAUAUCAGCAGCCGCUUCAGCUUCCUCUCGUGCUCGACGUCACGCUUGAACCGCGUCAGCACACGCACGUCGGUCGGCAGCCUCUGAAGCACCUCGCCCUCACGAACCGCGCCCCACUCGGUGUCUGGGUCAUGCUGCAAAGUGGUCUUGGCGGGGUGGGCUUUGUCAUCGUCACUGUGUGGUGAGGGGCCUUCUGGUGGUGGGAUGGUCACGUCGAGGGAGUCGCUGGACGAGGAACUGGAGGGCGUGACGGUCGAUGUGACGGAGCGGGUGGCAGAGGGGGUGGGCCUCUUGGUCGGAAUGACCCUGCACACACAGCACAGCACAGAGAGCAGCCGUGUGCGCGAAUGGCCAUGUGGAUACAUACACAUUGCACUCAUUGCCGGAGUGUGUGUGCGUUACCUACCAGGCUAGAUGCCUCGGUUUGAUGACGCCCGACUGUAUGCCGGCAAACAGCGAUGUGGUCUCCUCAAUCGCGUCGGCCUUCUGCACCCACCUCACCAAAUACCCACACAUCUCACACAGCACGUCCAACAGCACUGGGCCGACUGCAGGUGCCACCCGCCGCACUUCGGCGCCCCUCUCAUGCAGCCCCUGGUAGUAGCGAUGCAGCCCCAGCACCGUGCUGAGGGGCAUCGGCGGGCGUGACGACCGGCCGCAACCCCAGGUGCUGGUCCACGCGUCCCGUCGCCGCGCCAGCACCCGUGGCGGCAUACGGGUGGCGGCGACGACGCGGGCAAGGGACCCUGCCCCUGUCACCACGGGCACUUGCCGGCUGAGACCCUGCCUCCGCUCCCUCCACGCCCUAUCCACAGCCUCCCACGCCGCCCUUGUCUUGUCGUCUGGCGUCAGGGCAUCACUGGGGAAGCACCGACGCCGGAGCGUCCUCUGGAACUGACGCCAAUACGUCAUGAGGGCCAGAGUGUUGCCGUGGAAGUGCUGAAGGGGGUCACUGGCACCGGCCGUCUGCUGCUGCUGCUGCUUCGGGGGGGAUGAAGGGGAAGAGGGAGAGGGUUGGGGAGGGGAGGGCAGCCAGGCCGGCGAAUGGUUGCCCAUGUAGAGCCAAAAAUACACGAGCGCCUCGAGCAGCUCGCCGGCGAGAUGACGCACACGUCUGUACACGGUCAUCUCCUGAGUGAAAGAAACAUCACACAUCAAGAGGAGGAAAACUCACCACGCCAGUCUGCGCUCAUUCAUGGGCACGGUCCAGCUCACCUUGCGCGGAUCAUCCUCUCCACUGGAUGUGCCCAUGACCAGGUUCAGUGAGCUGUGCGACUCGGCCAGCAGCUGUGCCACGAACAAGCACUGCAACUCCACCACCAAUGAGGUCAGCAAAGAUGACAUCAAGGCAUCGUUGGGUGUGGCAGGCGGCUGGGUGUGGAGGUCCAGGAGUGUCCUCUGUGCGUUCUCAAGCGUGUUUGCCGUCUGCUGCAGCCGCUGCUUCAGCGCUGUCCAGAAGUGCUUGGUCACGAGGCCCAACACCUCCAGGCUGUGCCUGUCGAGCGAAGCCCGCACCGUGUCGAUGACCACUUCAAGCGCCUCCAUCACCUUCAAUACCAUCCCUUCUGGAAGUAUCUAUUGGCUAUCUAUUCAAGAGGAAGAAGCGUUCUUCUCG